CUUUACUUUCGCUGAGCUCUACAAGCGAAAUAUUACAAGUAAACAAUUAUAUCUCUGGUCAGCACCUAUGGAUAUUGUUGAACAUUACCAGUUCUAUUUGAAUCAACUUUCAAAUUCAAAUAAAUCGCCAUCAAUGGCAACACAAUUAUUCUACAAUUGUACAUUACCAAGAUUUGGCCCACUUUGCCAAUAUUCAUUGGAUAUUUAUAUGCCUAAUGGUUCAUCAUUGUACGAGAUCAUCAAAAAUUUCUAUCAAGAAAGAUAUCGACCAAUGACUUUGACAUGUUAUACUCAUUUGGAAUGUAAUCGUGGUUCAAACUUGGCAUGUCUUGAUUGGACGGAAAUUUGUGACGGACAUAUCGAUUGUGUUAAUGAUGGAAUCGAUGAAGAACAUUGCGGACAACUUGAAGUCAAUAAAUGCGAAGAGAGUGAAUUUCGAUGUAAGAAUGGAGAAUGUAUACCUCAUCUAUUUGUUCAAGAUCGUAUAUCUAUCGAUUGUAUCGAUCAGUCAGACGAAUCUUAUGGGAGGGGCCAUGGUCCUGAAAAUGACAUACCUGGACCAUCAUUUACAUUCGAAGAUACCCGAUGUCCGAAAGACAAGGAUAAUCAAAAUUUGUUCACAACUUCAUGUUUAAAGCAACGUGAUCAUCUCAUCUUGCAAGCCAUGUUUUUGAACAAAUCAAACUCGAUAUCCGAUGAUUGUUGGUUUGCAUUCAGAUGCAACUUCGGAAUUCCUGAUUCAUCACAUCCAAAAUGUCGUGAUAUAUGUCUCAAUAGAACAUGUAAAGAAAUAAUCGAUGACACUUGUCCCGACAUAUUCUAUAUUCCAAAUGUUCCAAUAUUUUCAAGUGGAUUUGGUCUUUCACUCGAUGGCAUUUUAGGUUAUCGUAUUUUACCACAUAUCAAUAUUAUACAACAACCACCUAUAGUACAAAUGAGCAUGGUACUAACUAUGAUUAUGACUAUAACAGGACUUAUCAAUGGCAUUCUCUUAUUGACAAUUAGCACAGCUCUUCAUGAUCCAUUUCAUCGACGUUUAAUUGAUGAUAAUAAUGAUAGUGGAGAGAAACGAAUUUGGUGUAUUGUUACUUAUUCAUCCAAUGUACAAGUCUACAAUUCAAUCAUAAAUAUAUUUCACUUUUUUUCUCCAUUUAUUAUCAAUUUGAUUUCAUCAAUGAUUAUUAUUAAAACAACUGCUCAUCUACGAAGCACUGUUCAUAUUCAACAAAGUUAUCAAAAUAUCUUACAACAACAGAUUCUACAACACAGUCGUAUCCUGAUUGCUCCAAUUGUCUUGGUCAUUCUUGCUAUACCACGUUUAAUUUUUUCUCUCAUUUCAGGUUGUAUGAAUUCAGUUAAUGAUUCAUGGCUUUUUCUUGCUGGAUACUUUAUAUCAUUCAUUCCACCUAUGCUUACUUUUGUUGUUUUUGUGUUACCAUCAAAACCUUACAGAAAAGAAUUCUGGAAGACAAUCAAGAAAUAUCGAAUGAUGAUACAAACACAUUUUAAUUUCAAUUCAUAA